AUGUCCUACGAUUAUGAUGCACUCGUUCUGAAGAUAUCAGAGAGCCGGCGAUCAGCAGUCAGUGCACAGGGUGACGCAAAAAUUCCUUUUCUUCAGCAAGCAGUAGAUACUUUUGAAGAAUUGAGCACAGUUUGUCCAAUGACACCGAUGCUUUGGAUGCAAUAUAGCGCAGACAUGGAAGAUCUUUUGGUCUUGUUGACAUCUGAUCCCCGUGGCGCUCGAGACGCGCAGCUUCAAUUGUUGGAGCUAGCAGUUUGUGAGUUCCCAGGGAGUGCCUGUCUACAUCUUCGGUAUUUGACUGUUUUGAGCAAACACAAUGACAAUACAAGAUUUUUGAAAGCUUUUGGAAGUGCUAUGAAAAAUGUGGCAAUAGGGUCCCAUCGUAAUGAAGGUGAAAUCGUUGCCGCCAUAUACGCCAUCGCUGCUGAGUAUCAUGCCAAGAAUGGAGACUUUGAACUGGCUAUACGAAGGUUUUACGAGCGCGCACGAAUACCAAUGAGGGAUGUUAAUGAUGGGCUAGAAGCAGAGUUCAAGGAAUUCUGCAAUCUAUACGGGAAGCAAGUAACUGUGCAUCAAAUGCAGUGGCUAGAAGAUGGCCGUCGAUACGAAGCCAAAGCAUAUCGUUCACUAGUGACAUAUGAAGAUGAGAUCGAUAUGGCGAUGCAUAAGCAAGGGAUCCUUUCGCGUUAUCAAGUUCAAUUUGACGAAAUCAAUUGGGACGCUCUUUUAAGAAGUGAUGAGAAACCAUUCUGGAUGGGACUCGGAGACGCAAACACGGCCACUUCAUUCAUUCAAUACGCCAAAAUGUGUUCUAGAUUCAGGACACCAGUUGAGCAUGCAGAAGAAAUGAAAGAGCUUGAAUGCAAUGUUAAGGGUCUUGCUUUAUGCGUGUAUGAGCGAGGCGUGGCGGAAUGCCCAACAGUGGAGUCAAUAUGGCUUGCAUACAUUUCGCAUAUGUUCCGGUUGAGCAAAGAAGAUGACACCAUCAUACCACGUCUAAAGGCAGUUGCUGAUAGAUCUGUUCGGAACUGUCCGUACAGUUUAUCAUUAUUCCAGUGCAAGCUGCAAGUAAUGCAACUUAUGGCCGCGAAAAAGAUAGCUGUUAUGGAUCCAGAUGAAGUGACGAAAACUAUAAAUGAUGCUCUGAACGCCAAGUUCCUUACUUCGAAGGAAUCAUGCCUUGAGCUUCAUUUGACUGGGGUUCGCAUAUUGAAGCGUCACAUUCUUGUUUCUUUAGCCCAAGCUUCGAAAAUGGCAAACGAAAAUAUUGCAUUCUACGACGAAGCAGAGCCCAUGAGCCAGCAAAAGCAUCAUCCUCUAAUUGAUGAUGAAAAAGCAGCAGAGCUUGCAGACCUUGUGGUGGAUAUUCGAGAAAUGUACGACGAUAUCGAAUGCUAUGUACAAAAGCAGUUUCCCUCAUGGCCUGCCGGUCGAUCCCACGUGUGUCUUGAUCGGUCGUUUGCGGAGAUGUAUCUGCUGACUCCACUAGCCGAAAGCCUCAAUGAAGCUGCUGAUUCAAAUCGAUUCUCAGAUGCCCAAUCCAAAGUCAUUCGUUGUUUCGACAGGGCUACAAAGUUGCAUCAACCGCCCAGUCCUUCCUCGUUUAUUUCAUACAUUGAUGCUUUCUUUGCGCACUUCGUUGUUUCCGGUCCACUUCUAGUACUUUCGAGAAUCCGACAGAUCCGACAAAUAUACAAGAAGGCCAUAAAAAAUGUUGGGCCACCGAAAGAGGAUUGGAAGACUACUAUUGACUAUCGAGUAUCUCUACAAUUCCUGUGCCAUAGGUACUUGGAAUUUGAAGGAAAUCUUGGAUCCGUUGAAUCAUUGGAAGAUGCUUCGCUGAUAGUACGCAGGAAACUAUCCAAAGUGCUGAAUGCGCUUCCGGCCGUUACUCCGAAAUCUGCACGAAGUGCAACUGUAGACACGCCUGAAGCGUCGAUAAAGAGUGGAGAAGACGGCCCAGUAAAUAUCGUAGAUCCAGCAAAGAAGCGACCGGGUGAAGAGGUUUCGAGCGAACCCAAUUCAAAGAAGACGAAGCUUGAGGAUGGCAGCAAGCAGCCCUUGCAGAGUAUAGACAAUGAAAAAACACCACAAAAAAGUGAUCUGCGUGUCCCAAAACAAACACUGGAAAAGGUGAAGGUUGGAAAUUGGCUUUAUCCUGCUCACCCAUUCACUAUUCGCAUUUCAAACCUUACCGAAUCGACACAAGAUAUGGAUUUGGUUGACACACUUCGAAAAUCAUGCGGAGCUAUUGUCCAUGCUAAAAUCUUGCGUGAGAAGCACCGCCGUGGAUCAGGGAAAUCAAAAGGUUGCGGUUUGGUUCAGUUCGAGGAAAAGAGUUCUGUCCAGAAAGCUCUAGAAGCCUCAGAGGUGCUUCAGAUUCAUGAAAAUCGGGUAAUCAUUGAGCGAUCGCACGUAGCUGCUGUUUCGCUAGUCCCGCCUGGAAUGCACCGAGUCAAUCCAAAAGGAAAAGGGAAGACCACAAAGCAAAACGAGAAAAGAAGCGAACAGCGGCUAGAAAAUCAACACGCUCCAACAAGUAACGGAGAUGCGUCGAAGGGCGAAAAAUCUGAGAAUAGUGUAUUGACAUUUCGUCCUCGUGCUGUUGCGAAACCAUUAAAGUAG